AUGUCCGCUGAUCAUUCAAGAGAUCCAUGUCCAAUUGUCAUUUUAAAUGAUUUUGGUGGUGCCUUUGCUAUGGGUGCCAUUGGUGGUUUAGUUUGGCAUGGUAUAAAGGGGUUUAGAAAUUCUCCAUUAGGUGAGCGUGGUAUAGGGGCUGUAAGCUCUAUUAAAGCUCGUGCUCCAGUAGUAGGAGGUAACUUUGGUGUAUGGGGUGGUUUGUUCUCCACCUUUGAUUGUGGUGUGAAAGCAGUUAGAAAGAGAGAAGAUCCAUGGAAUGCGAUCAUUGCCGGUUUCUUUACUGGUGGUGCUUUAGCUAUUAGAGGCGGUUGGAAACAUACCAGAAAUAGUGCUAUCACUUGUGCCUGUCUACUGGGCGUUAUUGAAGGUGUUGGUUUGAUGUUUCAAAGAUAUGCAGCAUGGCAAGCUAAACCUAUGGCUCCUCCAUUACCUGAAGGUGCAGGAUCUUCUCAAGCUCAACCAUUACAAGCUUAA